CUAAAGGUCUCGUUCCUCAACUCGCCAAACACCAUAUCUUCCAAGGUAGCCUAAUAAGUAAUAACACGAUAUGAAGGGCAUGGUCUGCCUGCUGGUGGCCAUGGCACUGGUCCUCGCCGGCAGCGCCAGCAUUGCGGCGGCGCAGGCGGCCGGGCUGAAGAAGGGCUUCUACAAGAAGAGCUGCCCGCAGGCGGAGGACAUCGCGCAGAAGGUGGUGUGGAACCACGUCGCCGGCAACCGCGAGCUCGCCGCCAAGUUCCUCCGCAUGUUCUUCCACGACUGCUUCGUCAGGGGGUGCGAUGCGUCGGUGCUUCUGGACUCGCCGACCAACACGGCGGAGAAGGACGCGCCGCCGAACCUGUCGCUGGCCGGGUUCGAGGUCAUCGACGAGGUGAAGGCGGCGCUGGAGCGGGCGUGCCCGGGGGUGGUCUCGUGCGCCGACAUCGUGGCGCUCGCGGCGCGGGACUCCGUGUCGUUCCAGUACGGGAAGAAGCUGUGGGAGGUGGAGACGGGGCGGCGGGACGGCACCCUGUCCUUCCUCCAGCAGGCCUUCGACGAGAUCCCGGCGCCGUCCUCCACCUUCGACAUUCUCCUCGCCAACUUCUCCGGCAAGGGCCUCGGCCUCCAGGACCUCGUCGUCCUCUCAGGCGGACACACCAUCGGAAUAGGCAACUGCAACCUCUUCAGCUCCAGGGUCUUCAACUUCACGGGCAAGAACAACCCCACCGACAUCGACCCCUCCCUCAACCCACCCUACGCCAAGUUCCUCCAGGGGCAGUGCAGGCGUAACCUGCAGGACCCGAACGACAACACGACGGUGGUGCCCAUGGACCCCGGCAGCAGCACCUCCUUCGACAGCCACUACUUCGUCAACCUCAAGGCGCGGCAGGGGAUGUUCACCUCCGACGCCACGCUGCUCACCAACGGCCGCGCCGCCGCGCUCGUCGACAAGCUGCAGGACAACGGCGUCUUCUUCGACCACUUCAAGAACUCCAUCAAGCGCAUGGGCCAGAUCGACGUCCUCACCGGCGCCAGCGGCCAGGUCAGGAACAAAUGCAACGUCGUCAACUCAUAGAUUCACUGCAAGGUGCAUAUAGUAUCCGUGAACGUGGGUCGCUGGAUUAAUUGCGGACCUGAUAUAAUAUCACGGUGCGCUAUAUAUGGGAUGUAACAAGUGUCUAGAUGAUCCGGAGUUGCCUGUAAAGCUACCACCAAAUAAUUACGUACCUUGUAACGAAUUGAAAAUGCAGAGAAAUAUUAUAGGGUGUGUGUACUCCACUAGAUACCA